UUGACGACGGUGCAUGCGCUCACACGUGGCGGGGCGUGGCAACGCGGGGAGCGGGUGCGGCGUGGGGGCGGCGCGGGAGAGCGGAUCGUCGGAGCAGCGGCGAGAAGCGGCGCUGGCGUGGCGCGCGGGACGGUGCGCACGCGCAAUAGCGGCUGCACCAAUUUUGCCGGUGACCCUGGGGCUGGGGGUCAUCAGUUCAAUUGCGGAGGCUGCGGAGCGACGGAUCAUGAGUAUUCGAACUGUCGUUUCCGGUUCUAUAUAUGCAGCAUGUGCAGACGCCCGGGCCACCUGCGACGCGUGUGCCCAGACGCGGCCGGUAAGACACGGAGAAAACAAACGGCGGCCCCAUUACACUAUGGCGGGGCAGACGGAGCAGUCGAAAACGAAGAAGUACCGGAGGCAGACUUCCACCAUCUAUGCCUAAACGACUACCAACCGGUGAGUUUACCCGUAAUAAUUGACAAUAAAACAAUUAAAAUGGAAGUGGACACGGGUGCGGCUGUGUCUUGUAUUAAUAGGCAAACCUAUGAAAAGUAUUUUAACCAUCAUCCAAUUAAAAAUAGUAAAAUAGUGUUAAACUGUUAUGAUGGCUCCAGUGUAAACCCUUUAGGUAUAAUUAAGCCGGUCGUCCGCCAUGCGGGCCGAACCAAACGAUUAGAAUUAUUUGUUAUCGAAGGGGGCACUACAUCAUUACUCGGCAGACAAUGGUUAACGGAAUUAGGCAUAAAAAUUCCCGCAUUUAGUAAUAAUUGUCACCAUUUAUCGAAUAAGAAAGAGUCUAUGUCAAAUGAAAUAAAAAAAAUAUUUUCUAGGUAUAAGGAACUAUUUAGCGGCGGGCUCGGGCGGUUCACGGGUGGCAAAGCGACGUUGGGUGUGCGGGACGGGGCGGCGCCGGUGUUCCACCGCGCACGGCCGGUGCCCUACGCACUGCGCGAGCGAGUCGACGCGCAACUCGACGCAAUGCUGCGGGACGGCAUCAUUGAGUCCGUCGACUGCUCCGACUGGGCCUCACCGAUUGUUCCGGUAAAUAAAGCGGAUGGCUACUUGAGAAUCUGUGCUGACUUUAAAGCAACCCUUAAUCCGGUAUUGCAGAUUGAUCGAUAUCCCUUACCACGAAUUGAUGACCUGAUGGUAAAAUUGAGCGGGGCAUGCUAUUAUUCCAAAAUAGAUUUAUCACAAGCAUACAACCAGAUCGAGUUAGAUGAUACAAAAAAAUAUACAGUCAUAAAUACACACAGGGGCUUGUAUAGCUUCGAUGUAUGGUGGGCCGGCAUGGAGGAGGCGGUGGAGCGGGCAUGCCGUGAGUGUAUAACCUGCGCGGCGCAGGCGGAUGCGCCGGCGCGGAACUCGCCGCGAAUGUGGCCCUGGCCCGCACGGCCUUGGAGUCGGCUUCAUUUGGAUUUCAUGGGUCCCAUCGCGGGAAAAAUAUAUUUGGUAGUAGUUGACGCCAUGUCGAAAUGGAUUGAGGUUCAUAAAAUGACGAGUAUCUCUGCCAACUGUUUAAUUUACCGCUUAAAUGAAUUAUUUAGUAGAUUCGGCUUACCUCGACAAAUAGUAACGGACAAUGGAGCACAGUUCACGUCGAAGGAGUUCGAAUAUUUUAACAAGCACAACGGCAUAGAGCAUGUUUUUACGGCACACUAUCACCCUUCCUCGAAUGGUCUGGCGGAAAACGCGGUAAGAACAUUAAAACGGGUAAUAAAAAAGGCGUUGCAAGAUAAUCAAAAUAUAGAUAGGGUGUUAUGGGCAUUUUUAAUGUAUUAUAGAAAUGUCGAACACGCAACAACGAGCGAGUCCCCAGCAAUGCUUAUGUUUGGUAGGCGAAUCCGUACACUAUUGGAUGUCAUCAAACCUGAUAGGGAAGGCCAAGUGCAUCAAGCUCAGCGACGCCAGCAGGACGCGGCCGCAGGAGUGAGUAGGAGUUUCGGCAAAGAGGAAGAAGUAUGGUAUAGGCAAUACUUAAAGGGGGAAAAAUGGAUUCCGGGUCGCAUUGUAGACGUUCUAGGCUCUAGUAAUUUUAAAGUGGAAGGUAAAGACGGAGAAAUUAUACAUAGGCAUAUCGAUCAGCUGCGUAAACGACAAAGUAACAGUAGACUAUCUCUCGCUUCUACUACGCCCAUUUUGGAUCAACAGUCCACCAGAGAUUCUCAAGAGGUUCAUUGGCCGAUAGGUAGUAGUAGUCCCGCCCGCAGGUCGGAGGGGUCGGCGGAGGCAACUAGCUCGUCUCCCAUAGAGGUCAGAUCAGGAGUAGAUCAGUCUAAGCUAGAGGGGGCUAUUCCGGAGUCACCGGAACGGCAGUUCUCUUUGCCCCUUGGUGCUACACCCCGAGCUCGCCCUGUUAGGAAAUGUAGAUUGAAUAAACCUAGUUAUAAGGAGUAG